AUGUAUGACACUUCUAAGGACUGGGCUGAUUUAUGGAGGCCUGAGCUUGCAGGGAAGAUCUCAAUGGUUGAUUCUCCUAGAGAGGUUGUUGGUGUAGUACUGAAGUGUAUGGGGGCAUCAUAUAACACCAAUAACAUUGACUCUCAAGUUGCUGGUGGGAGGAAUGCUGUGCAGCAGAAGCUUGCAUUGCUUGCAAAACAGCAUGACAUCAAUGUAUUCGAGAGCAGCCAGAAGCAGUCUUUGAGCUAUAGUUACAACAUAGAUUCCUCAAAGUCCACUUCAUCUUCUCCAGCUGCUUCACCUCUUCUGUUGUAUGGCACCAAUGUAUCUCUGUGGAAAUCUCAGGCUGAAGCUUUUCUAUUGAAACGGGAGAGGGGGAGAGAAGUGAGAGAGGUCCGACUAUUUGACACUCUGCAUUAUUUAAAAGCAUUUGGAGUGGGAGACGUAUGGGUGGCUGUUGGGUGGAGUAGUGAUGUAAUUCCUGCUGCGAAACGCAUGUCAAAUGUUGCAGUAAUUGCGCCAAAAUCUGGAUCUAGUUUAUGGGCUGAUUUGUGGGUAUUGAGUGCAUUAAGGAUCCGCACUCUCUUAAAAUCAAAACCACACUUUAGGCUUGAGUUUUGCGAUAAAAUCACCAUUCUGGGGGCUGGACUUGGAGUGUCCCCCCCAACUGUAAUACCUGCUGCCUCGAGAUUUGCAACGGAUCAAAUUGGUGGCCGGUUCAGAGGGCCAUCUCCUCUGGUGCACCAGUGGAUAGAGUUCUGUAUGCAAGCUGAAAGAGCACAUCCUUUUAAAGAAAAUGUAAUACCAGGCGCAUUACCGUUUGCCCUUGAAAAUGGCCCAGCUGAAGAGCUUGAAGCGCUGAGCAAGGGUAAACCAAAGCUUGACACAAACCUCAUUGCUGGAGCACCCCCAGCUGAAAUUCUUGCAAGAUGUGAAUUCUUGGAUCCAUUAUCAGAUGCUGCAUUGUCAGAUUAUAAGUGGUUAAUAGCUAGUAUUAAAAAACCUAGUGGUGGUUUGAUCCAAAGAGUGCAGCAUUAUAUUUCAUCAGUGCUUUCACACAUUUUUGCCAAGGUUGCAGUCAAAGGUAGCGUCAAAUAA